AUGGUCCGCGUCAUUCAAACGGCUUCACAGGCCGUGACUGGAGGAUCCUUCGGCGGUGCUGGUGAUGGAGAUGAUAGAGGAGAUGGCUCGCGUGGCGGGCGUAUUGGUGGAUGUGGAGGUGGUGGUGGCCAGAUCACCAUGCUGUCGUCUCUCUCCCGGAGACAGAAGAAAAUUUUGUUGCAGGCCGUCGCCCGAGCUGGGGUUGGGGGGCUUUUCGCCGCCGCCAGCGCCCGAGACAAGCAGCAGCAGCAGCAGACGCAGCAGCAGAUGCAGCAGACGCAGCAGCAGAUGCAGCAGCAGCAGCAAAUCCAGCAGCAGAGGCUGCAGAUUCAACGGCAGCAGGAGGAGAUCCACCAGCUGCAGGCCCAGCUGAUCCAGCAGCAGCAGCAGCAGAUACAGAUGCAGAGGCGGCUCAUCCAAGAGAGGCAGCAGUUGGGUGGGGGAGGUGAAGAAGAAGAGGACGAAGAGGAAGAAGAAGUGUCGGGAGCCUCCGAGAGGCGUAAAGACUGGUAG